AUGCAGCCAAAGAUGGCCUUCUCCGAACAGUGGAGGACCUUCCUCCACCAAUGUUUGGCGCAUCGAAUAGAUGUAGACGAGUUCAAAGACCUGUCGAAACUGAUGCUCUCCCGCUCCCCCGUGGACGAGGAAGAGCUUCUGAAUCUGCUGUUAGAGUCUCGGACUACGACCACCAUCACCUGGGAUCCCUUGCUCCCACUUUACGUCGACGCUCUCUGCAAGAUUGGCCACGCCAAACCAUCGACAGCGUUGACGUGUCUUUUGAAACAUUCCUCGAUCCUUGAUUUGGGCUCUGAUGCUCAGCCGAAGCGCAAGCACAAAGCGUCCACGCUCAUGACGGAUAUAAAAAUUAUCCAGGAUGUCAUGCUCUCGAUCUCCACGGGAAACGUCCCCAAGACCGUCGCCGAAGUCGCGGAAAUCUACUCUGCAACUGUGGACUGGAUUAUGGCCGUUGUGUCCUGGCACAACAACAAUCUAGAAGUCUCUCAGCAGGCCGGUGGCAUGAUGGGCUCUCCUGAUGCGGUGUCGUUAUUCGAGUCCCUUGGCAUUCUGCUUGCUGCCCUGUCUGGCACGGGGAAGGGCCUGGAGGCUCUUUCAAGCGAUUACCAGCAAGGCAUGAAAACCAAACUUGGCCAAGCUCUUUCCGCCUACCUGCCCCUUUGUGUGGACAUCUCUUUGCCUCUGCGACAGCGGCUGGACGCAGUGCAGAAGGAAUUCAACCUUUUCGGUGAUCAACCUUCUAAACCAUUAGAACAUCCAGCGAUUGAUGAGAUGAAUGUGAAUGCCCUCCAGUUUGAGUCAUCUAUCAUGGAUGGCCCAGUUAUAAAUGCUAGAGCUGGUCUCUAUGUAUAUAUCAACGCCUUGCUUGUGGGCCGACCGCUGGCUGAUGACUCGAUGUUGAUCAACUACCUCACAAACCGAUACGGGGGACACUAUGAAGUUCUCAUUGAGGAAUUAAUCACCGCAACCUUUGACGUUCUAUCUAACGGUGUAUAUCGAAACGAAUCCAGUCGGACCAUGUUCUUGUUUCGGGCUUUCCUGGUGAACAAACUGCCUGCCUUCUUCGCCGCCAUGUCGGCAGCAUCCAUGGUGCCAAUUCCCAUGGAACUUUGCAUCAGUCAAGCAUUGAGCCGGCUCGACCCAAACGCAUUCCCCUCUUUCUCGCAAAUGUUCUCUAUGCAAGGAAGUAGCGUUCUGUCCGAUGCUCGCCAGGAAUUCCUAUUUGCCUGCGCAUCGCACCGGCUUAUUCCCGAAUCCAGCAUUGAGCGACUGCUUGGAGAGAACCCCAUGCAAACGUUGCCUGUUGGUGGACCGUAUAUAAAGGACGAGCUUGUGGCUCAGAUAAAUACUAACUUUGAACGUGCCGACCAAUUGAUUGGUGAACUCGAGUCAAUGGAGGGCAACGCAGGCGCCAUAGUCGGAGCAAUCACCGAGGUUAUAUAUAAUCUUUGCAACCAGAAAGAGACAGUGACACUCAAAAACAUUUGCAACGCGCUUUCGCGUCGUCCGCACGCAAUGGACGUUGUUCUUCUCUUCCGGUCGGCGAAGCAAUUCUUACAGCCCCUCUGCACUCUGCUAGAUUCAUGGCACUGGGAUGAGGAUCAGAGUGAAAACCAGCCUGUAUAUGAUGAAUUCGGCAGCAUCCUGUUGCUGGUCCUCGCUUUCAAGUUUCGUUAUGAUAUGAGUGCUUCUGAUAUCGGAGUCUCAGGAAAUGGGUCAUUUUUGCUGAAACUCCUGGAUGGAGGAUCCUACAGCCAGAAACUGGCUGAGCUGACCGACAAGCAGAACAAGGAUCUCGGGUCAUGGAUUGCUGCUUUGUUCAUUGCGGAGGGUAUCAGCGAAGAAACGAUGUCGAGCUGCAGUCCUCAGGAAUUUUACAUGCUUGUGGCGACGCUAUUUGACCAAAGCCUUGGUGCUUGCGAGUCAGGGAAGUUGGAUUUUGAGACAUUGAAAGGAGGAUUCGAAUAUUUGCUUGAACCUUUCCUUCUACCAUCCUUGGUCUUUGCCUUGACCUGGCUGGGCAAUCACAUUUGGGAGUCGGAAAUAGACCCGACGAUCGCACUGAAGACACUUCACUCCCUGGUGAAGCCCAGUUCCAUCUCCGGCGAGGCCCAGGCUAUCCAUCGGACUGUUCUGAACAUCACCGGGCGCCUACUUGAAGAACAACUCAAGGACGUCCGAACCAGACACACCUCUCGCUCUGACAUCAAACCAAUCCUAGACGCCCUUGAGCCUUAUCUCUCUUUUCAACGCAUAGGCAGCUGUCACCGUUCAGAGCUUGAUACUUGGACCGGGCAUACCGCCGGCGGUCUGGUAGGUAGCAUCCGCACUACCUUACAGUCUCUCGUCCUUUGGAGCGCCAGCCCGGACAUCAACACGGCACCCCAUUCCUAUACACACCGCCAACUUGUAGCCGGUGUUCGCAUGCUGGGGUCCACGCGCGUGCUCGGCGCUAUCUUGGACGAGCUCAAGCAGCAAUCCCAAGCUGGCAGUGGUGAUCUGGCACUCGACAUCGCCGCAACUAUGAUCUGCGCGUCCAUGGCGGAGUCCUUUGCUGUAGACCAAAACAGUUACCAUCCUGUUGACUCAACAAAGGAAUCCCUCCCUCGGUGUCCCAUCCUGACACUCAGAGACGCCCUCGCCCUGCAGCACGAGAACGUGCCCAAGAUCUCUGAAAAGGACCCCUUACGAGCAGAGAUGAUCGUGCGUCUCUGGCGCCGCGUCAAUGUUCUCAUGGCGCCUCCGUCCCAGGUCUCAAAUAUUGACGUAAGCAAUAUCAUCAAUAACAUGCACAUCGGCGUCGAUGGACAGGAUCGUAUGGACCUCGGGCCAUCUGCUGCCGGUGUGGGAGACAAUACUGUCGUUGAUGACGAUCCGGAUAAUAUCAAUCAGAUGCUGGACAAGGCGGCCGCGGCUGCCGCUGCCGCUGCCGUCGACAUGGAAAGCGGCGUCGGUGUUGGGCAGGAUAUGGGGCUUGACGGUGGCGGUGCGGGCAUGGAUGCUAUUGACGAUGUGCUCAAUGCCGCCGACAUGGCCGUUGGCAAUCCUGAGUUCCUGGAUCUGGAUAUGGAAGGGAUGUUCUAA